GACUCUUUGCUCGAUGUCUGCGAUGACGAGUGCACCAUAACCCACAGGUUUGAUGCUGUAAAGUAUUUUGGUUUAACGUGAGUAACAAUUAACGCACCAUGUAAAUGAGAUAAUUUCCAUGUAGGUUAUUUCAUGCGCGGAUCGGGGUAGGGUCCCCCUUGAAAACUCAAUUUAAUUUAAUAAAAAAAAUUCUCAAAAAUAGGCUUUGGACCCCACCCGGAAAACAAGAAUAUCCCUCCCCCCCCCCUCCCGGGGAAUUUUUUUUUUCAUCCACGCAGGGCCUAUUUUUUCUGUCGAUUUUUUAAAAAUUGAAUUGAUGAUUAUAAGAUGUCUUUGAGUAAAAUUUCUUUAUUUUCAGGAUAGAUAAAUAAUUUUGAUGACUUGAAUUUGUAUUUACUUAUUUUCACCUCUGCUUAUGAAUAGACAACUUGACAACAAUUUAGAUUGAUUAACGAUGUCUGACCACUGUUGCACUGUUUUUCUACUAUUAAUUAUAUUACGAAAUAUAUUUGACAAAUAACAAGUAUAGAAAUAAGAAUGUUUAUCGUUUAUCGAAACAAAAGAGAUAUUACCAUUCAAUAAAAAGUAUAUUGUCAACCACAUCAGAUCAAUACUAAAGGACUGAUUUAAUCGCGCCCAGAUCUUCAUCUAAGUUCAAAAAACAAAAAAUUGAUAUUUCACUUCUCAUGGGAAUUGAUAUUUCACUUCUCAUGGGAACUUUUUGAUUAAAAUUAUUUUAUCAUUUUUAUUUGAUUCUCCCAUCCUUGAAAACCUCACAACCUCUUUCAUACACUGAUUCGGAGUACGAUAAUUACGGUACAUUUCCGCAGAACACUGCACUAAAGAAAACAAAGUUUAUUUUCGGGGAUCAGCCCUCCCGUUACAAAAAAAGAUGUACGUCAUAGAGACUAAUUAUUACUGAACCGAGUUUGUCACCUAGUGUCAAAGAAAUGUAAUUUAACAAAUUAACUUGAUAAACUCGCUAAUGAGAGAGAGAGAGAGAGAGAGAGAGAGAGAGAGAGAGAGAGAGAGAGAGAGAGAGAGACCAGUCAUCAAUCAAAAUAGCAUUAUAGGCAUGCAGAAAGAUUCACUCAAGAUGACCAUAUCGUCAAUAUAAAAAUGUAAACCAACUUGUAUUUUCCGAUAUCCCAAUAAUUCAUAAAAAAUAUUUCAAGAUUUCACUUAUGAUUGGAUAGUGUAGAAAAUUAUUUACGUUUGAUCUGCUUCGAUCAACCAAUCAGUGCGCACUCUUAGAGCUAUGUUUACUUCGCGCGUUCAUUCACAAAAAAAUAAAUAAAAGCGCAUUCUCUAUCGUUCCGGUCCACUUGGUUCUGUGUGGUAUAUAUUCUGCUGUGGAUGAGUAAGCGGACCAGUAGUUCCGCCUGCAGUACCUCGGUCCGUUACAGAACCAUAUAUUCUAUUAUUUAACUCCACACAUAUAUCGUAGGCGACUGACUCAGUUUUCCCUGACCCCCUAGGCAAUUAUCCAAGGGAAGAAAAAUCGCCGGAUAUACACAGAAAGUUUCAAUGACUCGUGUGGUGGUUCACGGAAAGGAAUAAUAGAGACGGACUGAAAAAGGUCGUAUUUCAUUCAAUUAUCCUAGUUACGAGUACAUUGACAUCUUGUUUGCGACGAGUCUACCAUUAUGGCGGACGAUUGUGCACUUCGCAGACGACGACAUUCCGUUUGGAAAUGGUCGAUAUGUGUUGGAAUGACAGGAAUUAUACUGUUUAACGUUUUUACUGGAGUGACCAAUGCAGCCAAAGAAGACAUCCAGAAGCUCUCCAAUGGAGCGAGCUAUUUGAUGCAAUAUGGCUACAUGUCCUCCGACGACGAGCGAUCGGGGUCGCUUCGAUCCCCGGACUCCAUUAAACAGGCUGUCAGACAGUUCCAGAGAUUUGCCGGACUCCCUGCUACAGGAAUCCUGGACCCGGCGACCGUUGAGAUGAUGAACAAGCCUCGUUGUGGUGUCAAGGACAACGUUGGAAACGCAAAUAAAGCACGCAGGCGCCGCUAUGCGUUACACGGAAGUAAAUGGUCAGCGAAAGAUCUCACCUUUAGGAUUUCAAAAUACAGUGACCAGAUGCCAAAAGAGGAAGUAGAGAGAGAAAUCCAGCGAGCAUUCGACGAAUGGGGCAAGGUCACGCCCUUGACCUUUACCCAGGUAACGGGUAAACCGGACAUUGAUAUCCGAUUUGAGAAGAGGUGGCACGGAGACAACAACCCAUUUGAUGGCGAGGGAAAGACCCUUGCGCAUGCAUAUUUCCCGCGGUAUGGUGGUGACGCCCACUUUGAUGACGAUGAAAAGUGGACAAUCAACAUUGCCAAAGGGAUAAACUUCUUUCAAGUGGCCGUCCAUGAAAUCGGUCAUUCCCUCGGUCUGGCGCAUUCUGACGACUACAAAGCUUUGAUGGCUCCGUUCUACAAGGGGUAUUCCCGGGAUUUCCGUCUGGACACUGAUGACAUCGAGGCUAUUCAGACACUAUACGGAACACCUGCAUCAAGACGUAAACCAAAACCAAAGCCCACGAAACAAUCGCUUGUACCGAAGCCAACCAAAGCAUCUGUGGCCAGCAUUCCGGAAAUCUGCCAGGAUCCGACGAUCGAUGCUAUUACCCGAACCAAGGACGGAAGUACUUAUGCCUUCAAAGGAAAGUAUCACUACCGACUGAACAGCAAGGGUAUAGACGAAGGCUACCCACGACUUAUAUCCUGGGACUGGAACGGGGUGGAAGGUCCUGUAGAUGCCGUGCUUACCUGGGAGAACGGAUAUACCUACAUCUUUAAGGGCGAUAAAUACUGGAAGUUUUUCAACAGGCGGCGGAUCUACGGACCCAAUGACAUCAAGCAGGGAUUUCGCGGCGUUCCAGACAACGUGGAAGCAGCUAUGGUCUGGGGAGGCAACGGCAAAACCUACUUUUUCAAAGGGGGUCAGUACUGGAGGUAUUCAGGUCGCAGUGUGGAUUUCGGCUACCCCAGACCGACAACCCAUUGGCGGGGCAUCCCCAAGAGCGUCACGGCAGCCUUCAAAUGGACCAAUGGGAGGACCUACUUCUUCAGUGGAAAAAAAUACUACCGAUUCGAUGACCAACUGUUCAUGACGGAUACAUCCUAUCCAAGAGAAGUGGCAACAUGGUGGCUUGGAUGCCCGGAUCAAGGAACCAACGCGGAUAUCAAAGACCCGUAUUUUAGACAAGAGACCAAUCGGCCGGACGAGCAGUGGAUCGUCAUUGACGAUACCAAUGUCAGCCCGCCCCAGCCCCAGAGCAACCAGUCCUGUCGCCUGUCCAUAUCCUGGCUUCUCAUUAACGGCAUUUCGUUUUGUUAUUUCAUCUUCCAAGUGAGUCGCUGGCGAUUUCCUUGAUAACUGAUGCCCCAGUAUAAAAUAAAGUUCAACAGAUGGAGAGGUCCAGAGAACGCAGUCCUGUCGUGGGGCAAAACAAAUGAGGCAAUCAUGGAAGAGUCUCUUUUUAACCCUACUUCACCAUAUGGUAAUGUGAAAAAGAGAAGUAUUGGUUGUGAACGUUCCAUUUGAAUUCAUCCUUAGAGAGGGUUCAUUUCUGGAAGUUGAUCUAAAUCCGUCCGAUUUAGCGCGAAAAACAAAGACUGUGAUAGCCACGUAAAAGUGCUGAGAGACUGGUGUUCAUUCCAGUGAUAAAAUACGCUGUCUUAAACUGUAUGCAUAUUUAUAGACUUUCAUAAUGAACGAACUUACACAUUUGAGAAUUUGUUGAAAUGAACGCAGUGUAUACAGAGAGCGAUUGUAACCAAGUGUGUGCAAACAGGUGUGUGUGUGAGAGGUUUGUAUGAAUGUAGUGGAAUCUGAAAGUAGAGUACGUGUUCUCUAGUCAUGCAGUGCAAAAUGAAAGGCAUUUCAAAGAGUAAUGCACUAUGUGCAGAGUUAAGAGUGAAGAAUAAGAGCUGUUUAUAUUCAAUGUUUCUGUCCCGUCUUCAAUUUUCAUAAAAAUGAAGAUGUACAAUG